AUGAGUAUAACAACCUUGUUCUCAUAUGUACUGAUAUCCUCGUUAUAUCUAAACAACACACAAGCAGCGAAUAUCUUAAUGAUAACCAUGGGAGGCACUAAGUCACAUAAGAUACCAUUUUUGGCGCUAGCAAAUGGACUUAUACCCAGAGGACACCAAAUUACGUUUGUGAGUGGCUUCAAAUCGGACGCAAUACACAAAGGCUUAGAAGAGGUGGCACCAGUGCCACUUAUCAGCUACAUACAAGAAUAUAUGGAUUUGGAUUUGGUUGGUGCGCGUUAUGAGAGAAAACCACCGCUAAAUGCAUGGUAUGCUCUACGCUAUCCGGCUGAGGCCUGUCAGAGCUUCCUCAGCGACACUGCAACAAUCAACUCACUGCUAUCGAAAAAGUUUGAUUUGGUCAUACUCGACGGCGCUUUUCCCGAAUGUGCACUCGGUUUAGUGCAUCGGCUUACCAUGCCAUUCAUGUAUAUCAACACGGUUGGCUUCUAUACGGGCAGCUUGUCUCUAGCUGGUAAUCCGAAUGUGUAUGCUCUGACACCACAUGUCUUCACCACGUUUACACAGUCCAUGGACUUCUUUCAACGCUUACAAAAUGUUGUUACACAUAUUUUGGCUGAACUGUUGCACAAGUAUUGCACCGCACAAAUACACGCUCUGCUGCAAACGCACUUAGGCCGUGAUGUACCACAUCCCUACACACUGGGACGCAACGUUUCAUUUAUACUACAGAACGGGCAUGCCAGUGUGACCUACCCACGUCCCUACUAUCCUCAUGUUGCCGAAAUCGCCUGCAUUCAUUGCCGCCCAGCCCACGCACUGCCACACGAGCUAGAGCAAUUUAUGUCGUCAGCGCCAGCAGGUGUCAUCUACUGUUCGAUGGGCUCAUCGGUUCGCGCUGCUAAUAUGCCCGAAGCCUUUCGCCAAAUCUUGAUACGCACAUUCGCCAAACUCCCGGAGUACCAUGUACUGUGGAAGUGGGAGGGCAAUGCGACACAAAUCAGUGACCUGCCGUCUAAUGUGCGACUGAGCGCUUGGUUACCGCAACAAGACAUACUCGGCCAUCGGCGGCUCAAGGCCUUCAUCACACACGGGGGCCUACUGAGCAUGUACGAAGCAAUUUAUCAUGCGGUGCCCGUGAUAAUGUUGCCGGUAUUCUGUGAUCAUGAUGUGAAUGCAGCCAAAGCAGUCGCCGAUGGCUAUGCCAUACAGUUAACACUCGACGCGCAAUUGACUGCCGCGAGGUUGGAGCAUGCGGUACACAAUAUUAUACGUAACGGUAAAUAUAAGCGCGCUGUUAGAGCCAGACGCGCGCUGCUACUUGAUCAGCCGCUGGCACCGCUAGAGACUGCAAUCUACUGGACUGAAUACAUUCUACGCCAUCGGGGCGCACAACACUUGCAGGCACCUGCGCGCAACUUGAAGUAG